GAUCAGACAAGGUCGACUUUUCUGGAGGAGACACAGCCUGCGAGUGGAGCGUGGUGCUGAAUUUAAUCUGCGUUCCCCAGCCUCUGGGAGAGCGGGGGGGAGAGACGCCGGAAUACAGCUCCAGCCCGGGGAAAAGCGAGGAAGCCUUGGCCGGGCCCGUCGGAAGCCCCACUCCGUCCCCGGGCGAGCCGAGCGGAGGCUGCUGGAGACAUCGGAGCGUGACCCCGGGGGUGGGAUCGGAAGAGGCGGCGGUACCUUGGAGAGCUCCGAGCCAGCCGCCUUGCCAGGCGCGCCGGAGGAUUAGCCCAGCUGGCCGCAGCUGCGGCGGGCAGCGACUUGCCGGGCUCCAGCCCUCGGCCAACGGGAGGCUCCCUGUGUGCGAGGCUGCCUGGGGCGGGGGGUCUCCUGCCCGGGGGCGGAGGAGAGGCGCCUUUGCCUUGGGCAUGCCCGGCCUCCCAGCUGCGGAUCUGACGCUUCGCCGCUAAGGAGGAGGAAGAAAAGUUUGGGGGAACCCGAGCGGGGGAGGCGCUGGAGAGAAGGCGGAUGGUUUGUUUUCCGGGCUGAGCUGGAAGGAACGAUGACCCAGCGAGGAUGUGCACCAGCAGCCACACCAUUGGGAGCCUCUUGGUGCUCUCUGUGCUGGAGAUAGGGCUGGGGGUCUCCAGCGUGGCCGUGGGGGCGGUCAGUUUCAGCCUGGUCCUUGCGGAGCAUAAGCCUCAGCUGGGAGACUCUUCUCCGGUAUGGAGCGGGGUGUGUUUUCUGCUUUGUGGCAUAUGUGGAAUAUUGUGUGCCAAAAAAAAAUCUGGACUUGUCAUGAUCCUUUUUUCAGCCUGUUGCAUCUGCGGACUAAUUGGAGGAAUAUUAAAUUUUCAGUUCCUUCGUGCUCUGACAAAGAAGUCCUCCACUCUCUAUUCUUUGCAUCUUACUUCCAUGUCUCUUGCAUGCAUUGGAAUUGGAGGUUGCACACUUUCUUCCUGGCUCACUUGCCGGCUAGCCAGCUAUGAACAAAGGAGAAUGUUCUCCGAAAGGGAGCAUUCCCUGCAUCAUUCCCACGAAAUGGCAGAGAAAAGAUUGAGGGGUAUUGAAAUAACCGACCUGCCCAGCUGCCCGGUGGUUCCCCCGACACCAGAGUUACCUCCAAGGAAAUGACAGACAAUAUGAGCAAUGGAGGACCACAGCUGAUUUAUAAUGGAAGAGUGUACGAAAAGAUUUAAAAAGUUCAAGGAAAAAAAUAUUUUUACGAUUUUCUUCAGGACAAACAAAUAGACACCAAGAGACUGAGAUGAAAUGGAAACAGUCUUGGCUUUUAUUGCUAGAAUUUCACAACUGCAGAACAGCACAGUUGCAUUUCCCUUUAGAAACAUAUCUAAAAUUUCUCUCCCAAGGAUUUUGUGGAUAUACAGUAUUUAUUCACUCCACCUCUAUUCCUUUUUUCUUUUUGUCUGAAUAACUUUCCAGAAUUAUUAUAGCACUUGAAAUAGACUUUUCAGACUCUUCUUCUCAUGAAGACUUUUUUAAAAAAUCCUGUUUAAAUGGAGAGUGUUUAACCAGUUGAUCGUACAGUGGAGUCUGUGCAAAUUAUACUUGUUAAAAGCUCGCAUUACACAUGCAGAGUCCAAAUGAGUGAAAGAUGAGAGUGCUGAAAA